AUGGGAGACACAGACAGCUUUAAAGAUUUACAAAAUCUAUUAGAUAAUGUAGAGAAGUUAAAUUCCUGGCGUAAAUAUGCUCGUCUUGUUCUUCCACACGUUGGACUUGUUCUUGUUGUUUGUAUUUAUGCAAUGAUUGGUGCUUGGAUAUUUCAUAGUAUUGAAUCACCACAUGAAGAUAGGUUAAAAAUUAAUGGAAUUAAAAAAGUUCAAGAAUUAAGACGAAGUUUAGCCAAAGAAAUUUUAAAUAGAAAACAAAAAUUAAAUAAAGAACAACGCAAAUGGAUAGAAGAAAGAAAAUUAUUUUUAAGGAAGUUUGGAGAACAACUUUUUCAUGUUUAUAAAGAACAAUAUGUUAGGUAUGAAGAUGUUCGUCCAGCUCUGACACUAAUUCAACAACAACAACAAUUGUCGAGUACAAUAACUCCACAUUUAGAUCCACGAUUUAGGCGGCAUUUUUCUAAAUCUCGUUCAGAAGGUAAAAUGUGGACACCAAGUAGUGCUUUAUUUUUUGCUGCUACAACAAUGGCCACAAUUGGAUAUGGUAAUAUAGUCCCUAUGACAAAUCAGGGAAGAAUUGCUUGUAUUAUUUUUGCUCUUUUUGGUGCUCCUUUAGCUAUUAUAACAAUUGGUGAUUUGGGUAAAUUCCUUUCUGAAUGUACAAUUUGGCUGUAUCGACACUCUAAAGAUAAAUAUCGUUUUUAUCGUUAUCGAAUUAGCCAGUCAUUAAUGGCACAUAGAUCUAAUCAAAGAAGGCGUCUAAAAGAGGAUUUUAUCUCUGGAGAAUUAGCAGGAGAUUUAGAGAUGGGAAAUAAUAACAACGCUGAGGAUCUUAAUUCUUGGGAUGAAAAUCAUAAAACAGAAUCGAAAAAAAGAAUGAAUGACUGGGAAUAUCAAGACAAAUCAGAAACUGAGGUUCCAGUGAUUGUUGUUUUUGCUAUUUUAUUGCUUUAUAUUGCAUUUGGGGGCUUUUUAUUUGCCUUACUAGAAUCCUGGACUUAUAUGGAUGCCUUUUAUUAUUGUUUUGUUUCUCUUACAACAAUUGGUUUUGGUGAUUUUGUUCCAGACAGACAUGAAUAUAUUGUUAUAAUGCUCCUUUAUUUGGGUAUUGGAUUGGCUGUUACAACUAUGUGUAUCGACCUGGUUGGCGUUCAAUAUAUUCAAAAGAUUCACUAUUUUGGACGUAAAUUCCAAGGCACAGAUAUUCUUCAAAUUCUUCGGCGUAAACGAAUGUUGGAGAGGCGUUUUGCUAUGGGUGAGGGGAAAGAAUUUAUUGAAUUUGUUAUUAAACAUGAAAGAGAAGCUUUAAAUCCUUCACAACAAAGGGCAAUAUUUGUCCAACCUUCUCAUCAUAUAGUCAGUCAUUUACAUGAAAUGGAUCAGCCUGAAGAUGGAAAAUUAUCUCUUCAAUCUGAAAAGGAAGCAGCUUGGCUAGAACAAGAUACGCAACAAGAAAGCGAAUUAGUUUUAGCUACAGAAUUAAUGCCUACAGUCCUUGAACCCGAGCCUUUACCAAAAAGGUCACCUACAAUAACACCCUCUUCAGAAUCAGAACGCUCAUUAAUGUAUAGUCGGUUAAAUAAUGACAGAUUAAAUUCUUGGGCAGAGUCUGGACCUACUCCUUCAAUUAAAAGUUCUCUUCUUAGUACAGAACCUUCAGUAGAACAUCGACAACAAACUUAUCAAAACUUUAUUUCUCCACAGCCUUCGCUCAAUUCAUUUGCCUUUAAUUUCCCAAUUCCUUCACCCGAUCUCAGACAAAUUGCCGAAACAGCUCGUACUAGAAGAAGAUUGGUCAGUUGCCCGUCUUUCCCUUCAUAUCCUGUUGAACUAUCUCUUGUAAGGAGCAAUAUAAAAUGGCGUAAAUGGCGCACUAUAGCCUGUCCUUCGCUUGCUUUUGUUGAAUUUUUGUGUUUAACUAAAAAUUGUGUUGUUAAUUUGUUUGUCCAACAAUUUAAUACUAACAAUUAUUUUGAGAAGGAGGAUUUAGGAGAUUUUAUAGUGGAAGAGGAUUUGGAAGGAAAUAAUGCUCUGUUAAGUAUACACAAUUCAGAAAUUCUUUCAAGAAGGGCAUCCAUUUGUUUUCUUGAAAUUUUACAUGCCCCAAAAGCACAACUUCCUCGCUUUGUUGGACAACCAGUUUGGUAUUACAAACGUAGGAGGAGUUUGCAACAGCUUGAGGCAAAACAACAUCAAAAACAAUUAUUAGAACAACAACAAACAAAUCCAGACUCUCCUACCCAAAAAACAACAAAAAUAAUCCCUCAAUCAGAAAACUAUCAACCAAUCCUUAGAAGAAAAAAACGUGAAAGAUUAGCUAAGAGGUAUGAUCCUCUUAUUAGAUUUGAUUGGCUAGCAUUGAGUCCUCGUAUUGCUGUUACUGAAGAGGGCAUUCCGGCAACUAUGGAACAAAUCACUGAAAGAGCUCAGGAAUUGACGGAAAUGCAAUAUCUUCCAAAACAAUUAGCUACAGAACAUCCCGUAUAUCAACACAUAGCAGAAUUAGAACAUCAAACAACAGAAAGCACCACAAGUAAUUUAAAAGGAAGUAUUAAUUUAUCAGAAAAGCCAACUUCAAGCAGAAAUUCAUUUGAAUCUUUAACCCUCGGUUUAAAAGCUAUAAAUAAAUGGAAAGGAAAAAGAAAAUCUGUUGCUGAACAUUUUUCUUAUGUUCUUCCUUCUUCUUCUAAAAAAUCUUUAAAAAUAGUAAAUAAAAAUGAAAGAAGAAUGUCUCUAUGUCCAAUGAUUACUUCAAAACGUUUAGAAGAAGAAUUUAAAGAAGGAAGGGAAAGAUUAAAUUCUAAUUUAUCUACAAGUUCUACACCUGCAACUGGAAGGGAAAUUAAGAGGAAUUUAAAAGACGAAUUUAGACAAAAUUCAAAAAGUUCUAAUAAAUUUGGGUUGCAAAGAAAAAAUUAUUUGAUUAAAGAGAAUUUAAAGAAAGUUGGAAGUUUGGAUUUAAAUUUAUCUAAAAAUGAAGAAGAAAAAGAAGGAGAAGAAUCAACAUCUUUAUUAAAUGCUAGUCCAAAAGAACCCUCUACUUCAACAAAAAAUUCAAAAUAUUUUUGA